AUGGCCAAGAAAGCCAAAUCUCGUGUCAUGAUCGUCCGGCUCUUGUCCAUGGCCGCGACUGGAUACUUCUACACUUUCAAGCGCCUCCGAACCGCAUCGCCUAUGAGCAUGCUGAAAUACGACCCGAUAAUUCGGAGAAAGGUUUUGUUUCUCGAGCAAAAGAAGAAGGGCAAAUGA